GAAACGCCCCCCCCCCUUUUUCACAGCAUGUACAGCACCAACGCUGUCCUCAUCACCAUGGUGAUCACCGCCAUAGUGGCCAUCGCUGUCACCGUCUUCUGCUUCCAGACCAAGGUGGAUUUCACCUCGUGUACCGGGUUGUUCUGUGUGCUGGCGAUCGUCCUCCUUCUGACCUCGAUCGUCACCGCCACUGUCCUUUACUACAAAUAUGUCCGCUGGCUCCACAUGCUGUACGCGGCCCUCGGGGCGAUCGUCUUCACCCUGUUCCUGGCCUUCGACACCCAGCGGCUGGUAGGGAACCGGAAGUACGCCAUGGACCCGGAGGAGUACGUCUUCGGCGCCCUGGAGAUCUACGUGGAUAUUAUCUACAUCUUCCUGUUCCUGCUGCGGUUCGUGGGCUGGAGAUAGGGCCUCGGGCGGGGCUCCUGGCUGGCACGGCCCGGGGUCAAGGGGCACUCUGAGAAUGCCUGGCUUCUUUCCUUGCUGUCUCUGCCUUUCCUCCUCCUUGCCCUGGCGUGUCUCCCAGGCUAAUGGCCUCUGCUUUUGUGCCUCGCCCGAGAGCCCAGCGUGGGAUUCCCCUGGUCUGCGCACGGAGGGGUAGCGGGUGGGGCAGGCCCAUGUGCCCUGCAGAAGCCUGAUAACGAAGCCAGCAUCCGCCCAUUCCCGCCCGCCUCAUUA